CUUGGAUUUUUGUUUUUUUUAUUUUUUACAGUUAUUUACAUAAAAUAAAAAGAAAAGAAAUGGCGCCUUUUAAUAAACGACGUCAGAAUUCAAACGUCUUUGCAAUGUUUGAUAAGGCACAAGUAAUGGAAUUUAAGGAUGCCUUUAGUAUUAUGGAUACAAAUGGUGAUGGCUUAGUGGAUAUUAAUGAUCUUAAAGUAACAUUUGAGAGAUUAGGGCAACCUGCUACUACAGAAGAGAUUGAAUCUAUGAUGGGAGAUGCUACUGGCCCUAUCAAUUUCACAGUAUUUUUAACAUUAAUGGCAGAGAAAUUAGCUGAUACAGAUCCGGAAAAUACGAUACUUAAAGCAUUUUCUGUCUUUGAUGAUAACAGAAAUGGGAAAAUUAAUGCUGAUUAUUUAAGAGAAUGCAUGAAAACAAUGGGCGAUAGAUUUACAGAUGAAGAGAUUGAUAUCAUGUUUAAAGGUUCAGUUGUUGAUGAAGAGGGCAAUUUCAACUAUAGAGAUUUUGUUAGAGUAUUAAAACAUGGAGAGUAGAUUGAUAUAUCAUAUCCUUUUUUGUAAAUAGUAUAAAGCACACGUUUUACUCUUAAUCAAAAUAAAUAUAUACCAUUUAUAGUUUUCUGUUUUGCUUACACCAUUUAUAAUAUAAUUAUAAGUAUAGAUAAUACGACUUUCCAUC